AUGGCGCGGUGUGUCUAUAAAAUUUCUCUAUAUGGACUUAUAAACGAUGUCAACUUUAUUAAAGCAAAAUCUUGUGUUGAGGACUUGCACAGAAACAACCCAGAACUGUUUCCAAAGCCAGUUGUUCUGGGUAUGCUCCAGUUUGAUUGGGACAUUUUCAUUGAUGAAAAACGCAAGGAACUGAGAGGAGAGGUUUGGGCUUUUCAUGAAAAGGCCAUAGCUUUUAUCAAUGGGGAGCUAAUUGGAGGACCUGAUGAUCUCAUUGGUUGGGCAGAAAAUGAGCACAACUUUGAAGAGUACAGGCCUGAAGCGUUGUACUACACUCUGACAGAAGAGGCAUACACUAGCAAGCUCAACUCACAGAAACAUGAUCAUGUCUACCUGGACGUUGCAAUCAAUGGGGAGUUUAUUGGUGGGCUAGUCAUUGAGCUGUAUUCAGAUCUAACACCAAAGACCUGUGCCAACUUUCUCCAGCUGUGUUCCGGGGAAAAGGGUGUGUCCCAUGAAUCAGGUUUUAAAUUAUGUUAUGAAAAUUCUAUUUUUCAUCGGAUUGUAAAAAAUGGAUGGAUUCAAGGAGGAGAUAUCUACCAAGGGAAAGGAGAUGGCGGGGAGUCUGUGUAUGGUUCUAUAUUUGAAGACGAAAACUUUGUUCUGAAACACAACGAGAGAGGCAUUGUGGGAAUGGCAAACAGAGGUCGUCACACCAAUGGGUCACAGUUCUACAUAACUCUGCAACCUUGUCCAUGGAUGGACACCAAAUUUGUGGCUUUUGGAAAAGUGAUUGAAGGCACUCAAGUGUUAAAGAAAAUGGAGGAGCAAGAAACUACAAAUGAACGACCUAAUGCCGAAAUAAAGAUAAUUAAGUCUGGUGUCAUAAAAUAUGAAUUCUGA